UGACGUAAUUUACAAUGCUAUAAAAUGCUACAAAACACGCAGCUUGUUGAAACAAUGUGGAGGGUUUAACUUUGGAAAGUUAAAUUGCGCCAUUAUUUCUCUGAGGGCCAGAAGCAUACAGUAUAAAGAUGUCUGUUGUGUUGGUAAUGAUAACAGCAGCUGUGACAGUUUAUAUCCUUCUUUACUACACCGUGUUCAGAGGCGCCAGAUGCAGAAGUACAGCUGUGCUGAAUGGGAAGACAGCUGUAGUCACUGGGGCUAAUACUGGCAUUGGGAAGGCAACAGCGCUGGAAUUGGCCAAACGAGGGGCCAGAGUUAUUCUGGCCUGCAGAAGCCAGGAGAAAGCUGAGGCAGCUGCAUAUGAUAUCAGAAGAGAGAGUGGUAACACAGCUGUACUGUUCAUGCAUCUGGACUUGGCCAGUCUUAAGUCGGUGCGUGACUUUUCCGAGGCAUUUCUCAAGACUGAACCCAAACUGGACCUGCUCAUUAACAAUGCAGGAAUGAUUGGAGCAGGCAGAACUGAAGAUGGCUUUGGCAUGGUGUUUGGGGUUAAUCACCUGGGCCACUUUCUUCUGACUCUACUGCUGCUUGAUCGGCUAAAGGCAUCUGGGCCGAGUCGAAUCAUCAAUGUGUCCUCUAGGCUGCAUCGCCUGGGCUCUGUGGACUUCAACACACUCAACAUGCACAAGGAUUUGGUGACCGGACAGUCACUGUGGCAGUGCUUCAUGGCCUACUGCCACAGCAAACUAUGUAACGUGCUGUUUACCCGAGAGCUGGCCAACCGUCUAGAGGGGAGCAGUGUGACCUGCUAUAGUCUGCAUCCUGGAUUGGCAGCUACAGAAUUGGGCCGCCAUACCAACUUUUGGGUGAGGCUGCCAGUGUUGAUCCUCUCCAAGCUCUUCCUUCUGACCCCAGAAAGCAGAGCCCAGACCACGCUGCACUGUGCUCUCCAGGAGGGUUUGGAGCCUCUGAAUGGCCGCUAUUUCUCCUCUUGCACCCUACACGAAGUCAGUGAACUGGCCCGAGAUGAUGGGCUGGCCAAAAAGCUUUGGGAAGUGAGUGAGAGGAUGUGUGGCCUGUAGUGAGGUAUGAGAGAUACAGAAGAACUUCAGGAGAGAAAAUGAUACCAAAUGCCUUGUGAACAAUAGUUUCCCAGGGGUUUAGUUGAUGACUGCCUAGUGCCGGUUGGGUGAUGGUGUGAUAAUAGAUUAGAAUGUUCCUAUACGUUACACUGACAUUGUUCAAAGGAAGUGAGCUUGAUGUACUGUAACUCAUCACUGUUAUUCCAGUUCAUAGUGUGAAAUAUUCCAGCUAUUGGAAUAUUGUGGAGUUCAUGUGAACAGAACAUGUAAUGGUAAAAUUUAAGGGCUGCACAUUUGUUCAUAAAUGGAAUAAGUCCGCUAACA